AGACUGAUCGAAUCUUCAGAAAUGGCGACAACUCCUUUCGCGAAUCCAACGCAGCUGCUACCUCUUGGUAAAAUAAAUAAUAUUUUAGGCCCUAUAUCCAUAGUUUUUCCUAUUCUUUUUCACGAAUGAAGAGAUGUUAAUUCAAUCCCUGUAUCACCGGUCACCAAUGCAUUGUAAAGUUAUUAUUUAUAUUAAUUAAUUUAGGUGACCAUCGUCCAUUCUUCUCACAAUUUAAAUUAGGCCUACUUACUGGGUAUACCUGACUACUGUAUAGGUACUUUGAUAACAAAAUUAAAACUUUAAAAAAAGAAUAAACCAAUGGCAUAGUUGAAUAGAGCUAAUUUUUAAAAGAUUGUUAACAACAAAAACCUAUUUUUAGCUGUUGUAGUUUUAAAGUUAUGAAUUUUUAAAGUACCACUUAAUUUGUCCUUUUUUAACAUUAACAUGGAUCACAUCUCCAUUUUCUGGGACCCAAUUCCGCUUUUGGCUUCACAAGCUGUAUAACUCUUGUUUUAAUGAUAAUUUUAUUUUCAGAACUAAUGAUGUAUUAAAAAAAUAAGUUUAAUAAUGUUAACAAUUAUAGAUAAAUUGUAGCUUAUCUAACUUUGCACCAUUUAUAUCAGUAAAUUUAAUAUAGGUAUUUUGACACAAAAUUUAAAUAUUGUCCAAUUGCCAUGAAUGAUACAUCAUUUUAAAGGGCUAGCUAUAAGCCUUUUAACGACACCAAUUUCAUCUCUCUAUCUUUGAUAGAACUGGAGUUAUGAUUUUUUGGUCAAAUUUUGUAUGCUCCUUAUAUAAGCUAUAUAUGCGGCCAAAAAACUUGUGACCCGCUUUUAAAUUUGUUUCACUUUUUCCCCAUAACUUUUUUAUUUUUAAAGAUAAUGAUACCAAAUUUUCAGUAGAUAUUCUUAAUGCAAUAUGCAACACAAUACAAUGAACACAAAAUGUUCAAAUUAUAUAAUAAAUAUUUAUUCUUAAAAAUGUUUAUGCAGGGAAAGUAAAAAAAAAAAUAUUUAAAAAAAAAUUGUUUGGGUAAAUUUUUACAUGAAAAACAAAAAAAUUGCUGGUUAAUUCCAUUGUCAAACAAUAACAAUAUCAAAUAAAAUUUAAAUUAUUUAAUUUAUGUUUUGUAGGGAACUUGAAAAUAUCUGAAAAGAAAAAUUAAUAAAUUUUUUUUUUUUUUAAAAUCAAAGGUCCACACAAUAAACUAAUUACAUGAAAUGAAUCAGUGCUACUACUUAUUUGAUGGGACUCUGAAAACAUCCUGAAAAUAAAUAUAGAUAUAUUAGUAAAUUAUUAAAAUAAAACAUCCUGAAAAGAGAUGUAGAAAUGUUAUUAAAAAAUUAUUCAAAUAUUUAGUCAAAACUGACAACAAUAAAAUGGUUAAUGGUAAGUUUGUAAAUAAAUUACAGACAAUAAAUGUUAAACCAAUACCUAUUAAAUUAACAUUUACCUGUAUGAAAUGAAGAAUUUAAUAUAUUCUGAAAAGAAAAAAAAGGGGGGAAAAUAAUUUUUUUUAAUGUACCAGUAUUCCAAAAGAAAAAGUCAGAGGUACCGGUACAUACAUUAAAGUAAUGAUACCCAACAAAUAUUUAAUCAACGCUGUUUUAAUUAUAAUUAAUACUAUAAUAUGAAAUUUAAUAGUUACUUUUUUUUAAAGAAAAUAAAUGUCCUGAAAAAGGAAAAUUAAACAAAAAAUUACUAAAGAUAGCCUAGAAAAGGAAAAUGUGAAAAUUAUUUUUAAAAGUUAUCAAGUAAAAAUGAAAAUCAAUGGGUCUCACAGUAAUAUAUUUACACAAAAUAAUUUUCUAAAGAUAUUUAAACAUUAAGAAAAGAUACCAGCCUGAAAAAAAAAGAAUUUGAAAGGUAAUAAAAGAGAUAAUAAAAUAAUGAUUACUUUACCCUUCUCAGACGCCUCCAUCAGUUCAUCCACCUUCAAGAGUGCCUCUCUCCUGUCCUCCGUCAUUGCCUUUGGUGUAGCCUUCAGCAGAUACCCCUCCUCUUGUAGUUUGGUGACCUUCUUCUGCAGGAUGCGGUUCCUUCUGCUCAGUAGACUGGCCUUUUCCAUCUUCGUUGCUGAUGGUCCCAGCUGUUGUUCCAAGUGAUGAACCUUAGUCUUAAGCGUUGUCUUCUCUCGUUUCAGUGUCUCGAUCCUGACCGUCUUUCUCUUAAGGCUCUGAGUCCACACUUUCAUCUCAGGGGACCUGCAGAGAGACUUGGCAUUCAACUUAACUUGUCUCACCUUGUCCUCCAAGGACCAACACCUAGUUACAAACCUUUUCCUGAUAGAGCUGCACUCACUGCAAUCAGUGCGCAACUUCUUUGCUGGUGGUGGGACAUCUAAAUUGAGUUGUUCUUCCUGUGGAACAAAACUAGUCAGAUGUUGACCUACCUGGAAGUAAACACUUGCCUUGUAUUCCUGUAGUUGUAAUAUCAGAACUGACCAAUUUUUUCUUCUUGCUGUUUGGUGCUUUCAGUGGCUGCAACAAGAAAUUCUGAAUAAUUUUCCAGUUACGUUUUAAAUGCUUUUCAAGAUCGCGGAGCUUUUUUUCCAUUGCCAUUUACAGCGCUCUGGUUUGACUGGUAGCUACUAUCAACUUGUUGGAAAUAUCAUCAAGCAAAGUCACAGCAGCUUUCAUGCCUACCUUCUUGUUGGUGCUGUUGCUAUAAAGAAAGACAGCAUAGCCAUUUCUUAACACUUUUGUCUCUGACUCUGCAUCUUGAGCAAAGCUUUCUACAAAGCAAUUGAAAUCAGAAAUGCUCACAUUGGGCUCUGCAGAGAUUUUACUUAGUUAGCAACUGAGAAUUAUGUUAUAAAAUAAAAUGUUACUGUAUAUAAUACAGUACUAUAACUUAUUUAGUUAUACUAUAGUUAUAGGAUUUUACUUUUGAUAAAAAUGAGAACUGUUAAAAUAAAUAACCUUAUACUUAUAAUUAUUAUUAUGAUAAGGAUUUUAAAAAAUAAUCAUUUCAUAAUCAAACAACAAUGGUUCAUUUAAUUUUUAAGUCAAAGUAAAGUAUUAACUAUUUAAUUUACACAAUACUUACAAUAAAAUCAAAUCUAUAUUAUAAUUAUAAUGUUAAUAAAUAUUAUAAUUAAAAACAGGCAAAAGUGAACAGACAACAAAAUCAAUAGUCCAUAUCUAAUUAAUAUUAUAAAAUUUAUAAUAAUAUAAAACUUAUAGCUUAAAUUUAAAUAAAUGGUAACAAUUAUUAUGACUUUAAAUCUCAAAGACUAUAACUAUAACUAUAGCCUAUAAUAGGAAAGUGCAAAUAGCCUGAAAAAGAAAAAAAAAUGGGAAAAGUAUUAUUAGUACCUGUGUAUUGUAUUAGUAUUAGACUAGACCAGCGGUCUCCAAACUUUUCAGCGAGGGCCGAAUUAACUAUCUAACAGCAGUUCGGGGGCCGACUACACACUCGAGGUCCAAAUAGAAAAGAAUCAAAACAUGGAUGUUGUUUUUAAUUAUUUAUGUAAUAUUAUUUCAUUCAGUUAUUAUUUAAUAACACAUUGAUACACGACACAUGAACACCUGUAUUAGUAUUAGUAUGAAUGGUGAAAUUGUUUCCUGGAUGCCAAAAUAACAGUGAUUAACAGACAUUUCUUGAUUUAUAUUUUAUGUCCCUAACAUCAACAGUGAUCUGAGAUUAUCAUCCGAUAAAUUUGUUCUCAAAUUGUUCACCACGUAUUUCGUUCUUGAAAAUGUUUGUUCACACAGGUAUGUUGUUCCAAAGAUUGAAAGGUACCUUGAUGCAAAAGUUUUGAAAUUAGGAAAGUCUUCCUUGGGCAAAAACUGGUAAAAACCCACCAGUCCUUCCUUGAACUUGUCCCUAAGGAGGUCAUUUGCAGUUCAUCUGGGCAACUGGUCACAUAUGCUUCAAAUUGGUUUUGAAAAAGUCUCACUUCUUUUGCCUUUAAAUCGAAGUCAGAAAACCGCUGCUGACAUUGCAGCUGGGGGUCUUUGAUGAUCUCGCAUGCAAAUGACGUGGGGGGGGGGACUCCGCUGUUGCUUCAGCCAUGAAUACCGUCCACUGCUGAAAGUGCGUCAAGUUUUUGGCCUGUGCUUGUUCCAAAAAACAAGAUAAAUUUGGAUUUGAAGGCCUUUAGGGGGGUGUAUAGAUAGGAAAACUAGAUUUUCCUCUCCUAGAUUUUCCUCUCCUUGUAGUUUUAGGUUCAGAAAAUUUAAAUGACUAGUUAUGUCUGCCAUUUUCCAUACCCACUCUUCAUCAGACAGUAAUGCCUGUGGCUUGCCUUUACCUUCCAGGAAGUCACAUAUUUCCUUUCUUAACUUAAAUAUUCUGCUCAGAACUUUCUCACAAGUUAGCCAUCUUUUUGCUGUGUAAAAAUGGUAAAUUUUGCGAUUCUGUGUCUGUAUCUUUCAACAGGUUUCUGAACUGUCUAUGGUUGAGCCCAUGUGACCUUAUUAAAUUAACCCUCUUCACCACAGGUUUCAGUACACUGCUAAUGUCCACAUAUUUAGCACACAACGUUUUUGAUGAAUAAUACAGUGCAGGAACAUUGGUUGCAUAAUUUUUUUCUCAUUACAAAUCUCCUUCACUUGUUCAACCAAGCCUUGCUUUAUGCCAUUCAUGUUAUUUCCUCCGUCAACAGUCAGGCAACUGAGGUUAGUCCAGUCCAAGUUAAAAUCAGCAAAUAUUUUUUUCAACUCAUCGGUAACAGUUCCGUACAUGCUAUUUGGGAAGCCAGUUCUUGUGUUAUGUUCAUGUCUUCAUCCACACCCCCCUAAUGAACACAAGCAGUUGAGAGGUGGAACAGCUGUCCAGCGAUUCAUCCAUUGCAAUUAAAAAUUGGCGAAACUUGCUCGCAUUUUUCACUAUUUGAGUCACAAUGUUUUCACCCAUGUCUGCAACACGACGGGCAAAUAUCCGCCACUAGAUGGCGUUAUAUAUUCUAAUUUCAUUGACUAUAUACGGAAGUAGAAAAACUAAACAGCGAAUAAGGUUUUGCAAAGUAAAGAUCCGUUAGAAAACAUAAUGCACUACUGCACGCCUCUAUUUUAAACAUAACAUCCACGUAAGCGACGUCUGAUCUUGGCAGGAUACACGUACAUUUCCGUAAUUUUUUUCCGUAGACAAAGGUCUCCGCGGGCCGCAUUAGAGGGCCUCAUGCGGCCCGCAGGCCAGCAGUUUGGAGACCCCUGAACUAGACUAUUAAAAUAGCAAUUUAAUUUAAUAAUUAAUUCUAAACUAAACUAAACAACAACAUAUUAUGAUGGCCUUAUUAAAAUUCUCCUGUAGGAAUAGUCAAUAAGUAUAAUAAGAGAAUAAUUGAAUAACUAUUAUUAUUAUUGCUUUCUACGACUACUAAUUUGAACUAAAUUAUAUAGUACUAUUUCAUAUUUUGAACUAAAUUAUUUAGUAAAUGGGAGCAACCCUUGGUCCCUACAUAAACUUUUUAGGUUAUGUUAUAAUCUUUUCUUAAAUUUUUUAUAAAUUUAUAUUUAUUUUAAUCUUCUUUUAUUGAAUCAGAUGUUUAAGGGUUUAAUAACAAAGUAUCACUUCAUAAUUGACAGAGAUAAUAGCCAUUUCCGGCUCCUCGUCCAAAAAAAAAUAAUAAUUAAUUUGGGGACAUUUUCGUACCCCCUCUACUUUGGGAGAUGCAUAACUUUUGUGGGGCAAAGUCUAUUAAAAAACUCUAAUAAUGAAAAAACUCUCAAAAUGAAUGUAGUAUGUACUGAACUACACCUUAUUUGCCUAAAAUAACAAAUUAAAAAAAUAAUAUGUGAUAUAUGCUUACUCUGUGAUAAUGAUAAUCCUGAUCGUGACACAUAAAAAACCUCGUUGCACAGAUUUCAUAGAAAUGACCGGAAGACAAAAACUGACACGUCAACGAUGAUGACAGCAAUUAUUAAAGGUCAAAAUGACGUAAAACACAAUUUUCCGAAGAUACUGUGUAGCCGUAAGCCAAAAUUGUGGAAUAAGUAUUUUCGACAUUUUAGGACAUACGCAGAACGAUGCGUUGACUAGUUUCAAAAUGCCUAUAUAAUGUAUUAAUAUAUGGCUUUUCUGUUUACCAAAUCUACGACGUCCAUUAUACCGAUAUUUGCUAUAUAGUCUAUAUAUUAUAAGGCAUCUCAUGCCCUAAUUACGAAAAUACUGUUUGGGAACUAUUGAACUUUCAACUUUGGUACAUGACUAAUUAAUUAAAGCUUUCCCUGACCUAGUUUAAUAGUUUUUGCGCACUGCAAACUUUUAUGAAUUAAAACUCUGAGAUAGUAGUAAAUAAUAGCCAUUAUGCAAGUCACUGUGAAUGGCCGCCAUGACAUUUUGCACACGGCAAAUUUUUAAUCAUUUAUAAAAUGGACUCUGCCGGUUUUUUAACCUCAAAUUAAAACAGUAUUCUUUCAAUAACAUUUAAAUUCAUUCUAAAACAUAAGUUAUCAAAUAUUUUGAUGUAAAUAGUGGAAAUAAUUAAAUAUUUCCUAAGUAACAGCGUCUUCAGCCACUUGGCCACUUCCUUAUCGAAAUUGGGCUGAGCUACAUUACCAUAUAGGGGUUUACUCAAGUGAGCAUAACAAGUGACCAACAUGUCCUAACUCAAUGAGAAUUGACACAAAUACACAUCGAUAGAUAAUACAGAAUAAGAAUUUUUUUUAAAGACAUAAAAAUUGAACUUCUAUACGAAUUUUGUAGUGAAAGAUGCCUUAUAUUUAAAGGGGAAUCUCAAAAUACAGGUCGAAUUUAAAAAUUAAAACAAAUGAAUGUAAAUGUAGGCCAAGAUGUCUACCUAAAUAUAAGGCCGGAAACGGAACUCAAAUAUAUGUCAAAAGUACUCAUUUAAUAAUAAAUAAACACACACAUCGGAAAAUUAAAAACUCAGAUUUUUCGGCGCCGAUUGCCAUUUCCGAUACACGAAAAGUAGUAGCCUCCCUUGGCUUACCGAAUUAUCUACCUACUGCCUACUUCUUUAAACUUCUUAUUCUUGGUACUCAUAAUUCAUAACUCAUUGAGAAGUUCAUCUUACACUUUGCACUACUUUACGAAUUGCAGUCAGUUACACUGGUACAGAUUAAAAUUACAGUGUUACUGUUUUUACCAGGAAAAUACAGUACUCAUCACUUAUUCACUUAGACUUAGAGUUAGGCCUACUGAGGCUACUGGCACUGGUUUUUAAAACUUUGUCCUGGUUUUUAAUGAGCUGAAACCAUUACCGUUUAGGACAACAAAAUGUUUUGUUUUUUUUAAAUUUGUUUAUUUAUCACAAAAGAAUAAUUAAAAGUACAUUCAGUCCCCACUGCACUUUUCAGAAAAGCAUUGUGCAGCUAAUAUUCUACUAAUACCAGUCUUUGUUUAGGAUAAAAUAUUUUAUAAGAAGUAUACGGCAGUUUGUUCAAUUUUGAAUGGUGUAAUUUUGUAAUGUACACAUUUUUUUGCAUUUCUAUUUCUUUAUUUCAGAGCUGGUUGAUAAAUGUAUCGGCUCCAGAAUUCACAUCAUAAUGAAAAAUGAUAAAGAGAUUGUCGGUAUUUUAUUAGGUUUUGAUGAUUUUGUCAGUAUCCUUUUGAUGGCAGACAUACUUGGCAAAUUUUUAUUACAUUAUUCAGUUUUUUGUUGUUUUUUUUUUUUGCUUAAAAAUUUACUGUCAAUUAAUGCUAUUAAUUAAAACUCAUUGAUACCUUUCUUCCGAGCUUGGAUUUUCAUAUACGCUAAAUGGCUUUAGCCGAGGGCCUCCAAAAUUUAAGACUAACUAAGGCCCCUCAAAAUUUAAGUUUAAGAAAUCUCAUUUUAUAAAUUUUUUAAAUUAUUAAAAUUUUGCAAUGUCUUUCAAAAGUGCUAUUACUGAUUUCCCUAGUCACAUAUUGGCCAUGUUAAUGCAGCCACAUUUUGACUAAAGCACUGUGAGAUAAAGAAUACCAAGAAAUAUGAACAGAGCUCUUGAUCAACUCUUUCAAAGCAAAAGCAAAAAAUACAAGAUGAAAUCCUUUAUUCAUUUAUUAGAUACGCUUGAAUCUAAUGUACAAAGAAGACCUACUGGGUACAGCAACAGUGCAAAAAUGUUUGGGUUUUAUUCAGGAUGUGAAAUGUUAAACGAAACCAUAAAAUUAUGUUCGGAGGGCAAAUGAUGUUUUAUUUUAAUGAUGGUGGUGUGUAAUUUUAAGUAAGUGAUUUUCCUUAAAACAUUAUUAAGAUAUGGUCUUGGAAGAUGUUACAGAAUUGUAAGUAAAAAAUGUUUGUUGUCUUAAUUUAUAUAUCCCAAGUGAUACUUUUACCCAUACUUUGAACAGAUUUUAUACAUUUUCUGAUUUGUACAGCUUUUUACAGAUUUUCACAGGAUUUAGAAAAACCCUUUUGAAAUAAGGGGGAUGGCCAUCUGAACAUUUUUUUUGCUCCUUACAAGAAUUUAAAUGUUGGUAAUUAUUUCUCCAUUCAAUUUAACAGUGAGCUUUGGGAUCAGUAGUGUAGGCUUUUCUUUGAAGUAAAAUUUAAAUAUAGAAUCUGGUUGUGGGCAUCAGUGCCCUGUAUUUACUUACUGGUACAGGUAGAUAGUCAGAGUCAUACCAGUAGUAGUAGCUUUGAGAUCAAAAUUUGAUAUCUGUUUAUAUAGUUUUAAGAAAAACUACAUUGUCUAUUGAUUGUAAUAGUAGUAUAUUUUAUUUUAAAUAUAAGCAUAUCCCUAACAAUGGCAUUUCUCAUGGGUCAUUAUAACUUGAUUUAAUUUAAUGACAUUAAAUAAUAUCAUUUAAUUGCUUUUAUCACUUUCUACAACUUUAUCUUCUUUUUUGUAAACAUUAUUUUGAAACAAAAUAAGUGAGAAUUGCAUAAUACAAUAUCAGCUUUUUUAUAAUUUUUAUUUCCUGCUUAAUCUAUCAACUUAAUGGCAGAGCUUAUUUGAAAAAAUAUACAUUUGGAACUAAACAUGCACCUUGGAAAGUGAAUAGAUUGUACAAAACUUAAGAAUUAGUUAGGCUUUAUCCAUUAGAGCAUAGAGUGAGUUUCACAAAAUUCAUCAAAGAGUCAGUAAAUAGAUACAAUAAGCCAUUUUGAUUUUAUAUUAUCUAUGAUUUUCCUUCCUUUAAAUCAAGGGUAACACCGACUUAAUUAAACAAAUGUAUUUUGGUCUAAGGGCUAAAACAAAAUGUCCUUCGACCCCUGAUCUAGCGGUUUUGCAUGUUUACAUGAAUUAUUUAGAGCUUGAGACAGUGGGUCUUUGUGUCCCAUAGGUAGACUCAUGAAGGCAGUGGGCCUGUGUGUCUCAUUAGUGGACUCAUGAAGGCAGUGCGCCUGUGUGUCUCAUAAGUGGACUCAUGAAGGCAGCGGGCCUGUGUGUCCCAUAGGUGGCCUCAUGAAGGCAGUGGGCCUGUGUGUUCCAUAGGUGGACUCAUGAAGGCAGUGAGCCUGUGUGUCCCAUUAGUGGACUCAUGAAGGCAGCGGGCCUGUGUGUUCCAUAGGUGGACUCCUCUAUUUCUACUUUGUUAACAAUAUAAAGUCAGUAGUUUUGAGGCUCUUGGGCUAUUAACAGAACAUUUUUCAUAUCUUAUUUUGAUUCCAUUUAAAUUGACCAUCUUGAUUGAUAUUUCUUGAAAUGUUUGGAAAUAUUAUUACUUAUGAAUUUAAUUACUUUACAUCUGAGACAAGGUAAGAAACCAUUACCCAUUUGCUUGAUUUUUAAAUUUUUUUUUAUUAUUUUAGUGAAAGUACGCCAGAAGGGAGAAGGGUAACCAAAUUGGAUAAACUGUUGCUGAAUGGAAACAACAUUACAAUGGUAAAUUGAAUUUUUGUAUUAUUUUUCUUUUAGGUGCAAUCCAUAAAAGAUAUCUGCAAUCUCUUUUGAAGAUUUCCUUUAUGAACAACUCCUUAAUAGAAUUUGUUAUUGUUUUUUGCUUUGAAACCUUGGCUCCUGGUCCUAAAAUACCCAUGCCCCUGGGCUCCUGGUCCUAAAAACCCAUGCCCCUUGUCCUAAAAUACCCAUGCCCCUGGGCUCCUGGUCAUUAAAACCCAUGCUCCUGGGGGAAAAUUCUACAAACUGACACACGAGCAAACAAAAUCAAAUAAUUAUAAAAUUAUUUUAUUUAUUUCAAUCUAAAUUUGUCUUUAGUUGUCCAUAAGUAUUAUAACAAAUUUCACAAGGAGAAAAAUUGUGUUAGAAAUGGUGUGAAAUAGCUUAAGAAUAGUUCAUUUAUAUGACCCUGAUUUUUCAUAAAAGCCUUGGCUUGAACUAGGGGUAGAUCUUGUGUUGUUUAUUUGAUUCCCAAAGCACACAUCGAUGGCACUAUUUGUUUUAUUCGAUCUUUUUUUUCAAAAAUAAUCCUUUGAAUUAUUAGCAUAAAACUGCUCUAGUCUCUUCUUGAGAAUAGCAAUUUUUGUAUUUUGGUCACCUCUAUACAUUGAGAAAGCAUAACAAAAACAAUACAUUCAUGAGCGCUACCAUUACUGGUACCUUUCACAAGUCACGGGAUAAAUCCUGAACUAAGUAUUUACAAUACAUUUUAUGGUAAGGUAUGGUAGACAAAAAUAUUGGUCUGUAGGGGUGUGGAUUUUUAAAGCGCAGACAGAUAAAGCAGGGUCAAAGGGUUAAACACUUUCGGUUCACAUAGUAUCUUGGAACAAAGUAUUAUGAAAAAAAAAAUUUUAAACCGGUAUAAAAAUAAGUGAUAUGACAGUGUGUAAAAUAUCAUAACAGAAAUUUGUUAAAAUUAUAAUUUAUGAAGCAGGGAUUGCAGUCAGAUUAAAGAAAACACUUUUUAUCAAAUUAAAUCAUCCAUGAAAUUCUUUUUUUUUUAUGCCUACUACAAAAAUUAUUUUACGUAUAAAAGGGAACAUAAAAUGUGAUAAUUACUGUUAUCAGCGUUCAAGUGGAAAAGCAUCACCAUCCUACCCUUAUCACACAUCAUAACCUGGGUGUCCUAACAUCCUAACAGUUAUGGGGCCCCUAACUAAAGUAAUGCAUUAGACCCCCUCCGUCCUCUCUAACUUAUGAAAGUUAAGUACCUGGUAAUUAAAUAAAAAUAUACAUACCGGUACUUAAUAGAAUCAAGCCUAUUUUUAUUUGUACUUUCAAUACAAUCGACUUUCAAUGACUUACAAAAUCAAAGAAAGUAACGAUAAUUCAACAAUCAUUUCAAUCUGAAUAUAGAUGUAUGAAAACAUGUUCAUAAGCAGAAUCCAAAUAGUACAAUUAUUUAAAUAGUGAAAUAUUUUAUGAGUAAUAAUUAUCUAAACUAAAAGAAAAAAUUAUUACUGUACUAUAAUUAUUAUUCAUUUUUAGAUAUUUUACAAAGCCUCCCUAAUUUUUCUUAACAGAAAAUGAUUUUUUUUCUUUAACUUUUAACACAAAUACAGACACAAGAGAUAUACAAAUGUUUUACAACAUUAUUUAUUUUUUAAAUUAAAAUUUUCACACAGCAUACACACUGAAAUUGUACAUUAGAAAAGGGUGUCAGUGAGCUCUUUAUGUCCUCUCCAAAGCACACACCCCAAGCCCAAAUAUCAGGCCGCGAAGCAGCACGUUGGAGAUCUCCCCUCGCCAGAACCGCCUCCGCCAGCAUUCACUCUUUCAGGUGCCAAUGGUGGCCACCUAGCCCAAGAAUAUCUGGUCGGCUCGUGAUGCUGCUCUCACAGCGUCAGCAGUCGACUUUCCCAGGAGUCGGGAUAGUAUAUUUACGUCCUAAAAUCUUCGCCCUCCCAUCCCGAGGAAGCAUCAGACUCUCUAAUUUCUUCAGUGGGUUUCUACCUCAAAACUAAUUUUAUGAAGCAAAUGGGAUGAAACGGCGGUAGUCAAAGAACAGCUCCCUCAAUUGGCUGUGGAAAUAGAAGUAUGCACACUAAAUUUAUUCAAUAUACUACUUUUUUAUUAAAAAAAAUACAAGUUACAAGCUAGGACAAUGGAUAUAUAAGUAAGUGGUUUAUAUAAAGCCUUUUGAAUAUUCUUUGGUCAAAGUCAUUGCCAAUUAAUAUUACCUCAAAUCGCUUGUCUUCAAUACACAGGUAUCAUUAUCUUUGUAGGCCAAGAAAAUCCUGUUGCAACCCCGCUGUCCCACAAUACAAAAAAUAUUAUUUUUUUAAAAAAUUAAGCCUUGAAAUUCAGGCUUUCUCCAGUGCAGUGCAUACACAGGGAAUGCUUCAGCGCAACCUUACUUAGUAUAUGAACAUAGGUUUAUCAUAUUAUUAUUCAAGACAAAAACUGACACCGUACAUCCGCCAACAGGCACAGAUUUCCAUUUCCCUAGGUGGGACCAUGGGUUUUAGAUGGGAUCAUGCUUUAAGAUGGCACAGAACAAAACCAUCUAAAACAUGAAGAAAUCCUAGUUACUGUAUCUGUUUGAACUUAUUGUUAACUUAUGUUACCCUUUUAUUCCAGUUGGUGCCUGGAGGAGAAGGUCCAGAGGUCAACUGACACUAACUGACACAUUUUUAAAUCUUUUUUUUUUAUACUGCUUUGUAUGUGUGUUGUAUGUUUGUUGUGCCUGAUCCCGACUGGAUAUGUUAGAGAUGAUUUUUUUUAAAAAUAAAUCAUAAUGACUUAUCAAUAUGCUUAUGGAUGGUUCUUGUAAAAGUUAUCUCAGAGUAUGUUUUAACCGUGCUUGACAGAGAGAGUGAAUGUUUGAACCAAUAAAGUGUGGUUAGUCUGCUUUUGAUCUGAGAGAGAAAUCUAUCAUCAUGUGUGUUUCAUAUUGUGACUCGGCCCAUAUAAAGAUAAAUAAAACACAAUCAUCAA